AUGGAGAUUCAGUUUUCGAUUCCCCUUGCCCGCCCCAAGAACGCGACACAGGGACGGUCUGCGGCUGCGGCGGAGUCCUCGACCAAUGCCACGGUGAUAUCUGCGCAUGGCGGCACGCAUCGAUUCGCUCUCGAAUCCCGUACCAGACAUACUCGCCGGAGCUCGACCCGCGCGCGCACCGGCUGUGCAACCUGUAAAAAACGACAUGUUAAAUGCGACGAGACGAGGCCGGCGUGCUUGAAUUGCAUCAAAUGGCGAGGCUAUUGCGACUCUUACGCUGAUGCGCCGGACGGCAAGGGCGCGAGUGAUAGUGCAAAGCUGAUUCACACGAAAAAGGCACCCUUAAUAUUGACAGAGCCCCUGGUCAAUACUCUACGAUUCACGAGCCAAGAUCAGCGAUCAUACUUUGACGAAUGGGCGAGUCUCUCGGUAUCGUUUCUCGGCGGUGGUCUUAGCCCGACCCGGUUAUGGUCGGCCACGAUGCCGCAAUUGACACUGGAGGAACCAACGUUGCGCUUCGGCGCCAUGGCUGUCGGUGCAUUGCGGCGCGCAUGCGGUCCCGACAACUCGCUGGCGGCUUUGACACAGGAUAACAAGCACUACCUGAAUGCUGUCGUCUUUUACUGCGAGGCGUUGCGGUUACAGUCCAAGGCGCUGCCAACCAAGGAAGGGCUGCGGACAGCGUUGUUGUCGUCGCUGCUGUUUAUUUGCUUUGAGUCACAGCGAGGCAAUAUGCCUGCGGCGCUCAAGCACAUUACGCAUGGAUUCAGCAUGCUGAAUGAGCUGGCGGGGUGCACACCCAAGGCGCCGGAUCUGGUGCGGAUAGCACAAGCGCCACCGACCAUGGUGCAGGAGAUUCUCGACUGCUACAAGCCGCUGGAGUUGCAAUCGCGGUCUUUCAUGGGAUCGUACAAGACAUUUUUUUUCAAGGGCGAGAAGCAGCCAGGCGCACCGCCCCAGCAACCGCCGCAAUAUCCGGGGCAGAUAUUGACACAACCGCAGACGCACAUAAUGUCACCAACAUCCAGCCCGCAACGCCCUAUUACUAUGCAAUCACCUCCAAGCGAACCUGGAACACCGCACACAGGAAUGCUAAGUCCCCAGAGCUUAGGCAGUCCAUCGACUCAGAAUACGACACCUAUUGCACCAGGAUCCUAUACAUCACCAUCAUCCUCGGCAACGACACCACCUGGCCCCGGACAGCAGAUGUUUGGUCAAGCUUCCGGUGCUCCAAGCGGCGCUGGAAGGCCCGGAGGACCGGCUGGAGGAUCUCCAGGACGACCGCCCGGCAUUGCCCCAUUCACAAAACACUCGCCAUAUUUUCGACCUAAAAGAACCACCAUUACCACGCUACAUGAAAUGCCACGAGAGUUCAAAGACAUCGAGGAAACUCAAGGAUACUGGGCGCUGGUGCAGAGGAACAUGGUUCAAUACAUGCCGCUCCUGACAGCCACGACUGCACAGCUCGCACUAGCCAAGGCCAGCUCCGAGGCCGAAGUCGAAGCUAAGUUAACGGCGAUACGACAAAACCCCAGCAUAGCCAAGUUCAUUGCCGACUGCCGGUACUGGAUCCAGCGCUGGAUCGAAGCGUACGAGCCGCUAUACCAGAGCUUCGUGCGCAAUGCCCACACAAACCCUCUCCCGUACCUCCACGCCAUCAACCUGCGUAUUGAGUACCUAAUACUAUACGUUUAUACGACAGUGCCGCGGUACUCCGGCCUAAUUACCGCGCGGGGGCUGACGCCGCAGUACCGCGAGAUCUGUGUCCUUGCGGAAACGCUGCUACGGGCACGCCCCAACUGUGGAUUUGCCAUGGAUUCAGGGUGGACAUGGCCGCUCUUCAUCGCGGCGUUUGGCUGCCGCGACCCGGCAGUCCGCGCUGACGCCGUCCGUAUCCUGGGCCAGUAUCCUAUCCGCAACGCGCUGCGCGACAGCCGCGUGUACCGCGCCAUUGCCCUACACAACGAGGAGAUUGAACGCGCGAUUGCGAGCGAAGGCGACGAGAACAAGCAGUGGAUCAGGUUGCGGAGGCGUGAGAUUUUGUUUGAGGAUUUCGGAUCGAGUAUUGUGCUGCGAUCGGUGCACAAGGAUCCGGAGACGGGCGUGUGGGAGCCGGUGGAAGAGAUUGCGGACUUUCACGUUCGUCCGGAUGGCCACUUGAAUUGGCGGAGGCAGCCAAUCUCUGAUGCGACGUCGAUAUUGGGUGGUGUGUGCUGA